CCUCGACGGACGAGGACGACACGAUGCAUGACAUCAGCAGCAUCGAGGAUGAGGUGUGGGACUCUCCGCUGACCCCCAGUUCGGCCAGGAACAUCGGCGAAGAGGAAAGAAGAGGACAGCUGGCCCCAGAUUGGUUCUCCUCGGUCCAUCUGGGAGAGGGGAGAGCAACAAAGAAGAUUGGGGACGUCAUCCGUAGCGUGGAGUAUGCCAGUGAGGUGCAGGAGAGGUUCCCCGAACUCCUGGUGGGCCUGGUCAACAAGAUCCUCACCGGCCUGCAGAACACCACCGAGGGAGUCGGGAACCGAGACAGCCAUUACCUGCCUCCUGAGGAGACCACGCAGAUUGUCCGAACCCUGCUGGAGAGGGUGGCACAGGUGACCCCAGAGAAGACCUGCUGGGAAUCCCUGUGCUCUCCGCAGAGCUGCCUCCAGGGUGUGGCCCUCUUGGUGAGGGCUCUCCUCCAGACACCAUCCUCCACAGUGGCCAGGCUGAAGGCAUACCUGGCUUCCCUCUUCAGCCUCGAUAAAGAUCCAGAAGAGCAUUCCCUCGCAGAGGUGGCCUUCUUUGUGGAGCUGCUCCUGAAAGACCAAGACUUUGCUGCCUUAGAGAAGACCUGGACGCUCCUGGUAGCGUGGCUAGUCCACCCCAGCCAGAACAUCUGCUACCUAAGCGAAAGGGGUCUUCUCCACAUUUAUGGAAAGCUGAAGGCGGCGAAGAAACCCCAGGAUUUUAGUGCCGGGAUCCUGGGAGGGCUCAGGACCUCCAGUCUGGAAGCCACUUUGGGGGUCCUGGCCUUCAUGGAGCGGCUGAGGCACUGUCCAUCAGAACACCAGGCCACGGUGAAUGCUGUCCUGGCUGCCCUGUGCCGCCCUCUAUUCCACCACGAGGAGGCUAAGAUCCGAAGGGCAGCCAUGAGGACCCACCUGGAUCUCCUGCAGCACCGCCACCACCAUCAUGAGGGUACAGAGGAGAACAUCACGACCCUCAUCGCGGUGCUGAUGCAUGUGGAGGAUGAGGACCUGGAGGUAGCACAGGCUGCGAAGGACAAUCUGAGCCUCCUGGCGGAAGCCCUCCUAUGGCACCUGGAGGGCAAGCUGCUGGCGCGGGACUCUUACAGCCUGCAGGAGCUGCUCCACAAGAUCGCCAAGCGUCUGAUUCGGCAGCUCGGCACAGAGGACGCCGUGGAGAUGGAGGCCACCAAGAUCCUGGGCUUCUUCCGCAGCGAGCAGCCUUCAGUGAGGAGAACGGCUGCCCUGCUGAUCGAUAAGCGAAACAAGACUUUUGGGUCUCCCUUAGUGGGUUGUCUUGGUCACCUGGUCCACAAAAAGGGCAGCAUCCUCACUGAAGGGAACAUAGAGACCUUCCAUGCUGCGCUGGAGAGCUUGCUUGGCGAACAUGACCCCGAGGUCGGGAGAGUUGCCUGCAAGACAGAGAAGAUCGUGAAGAAGGCCUUUUCCCUCCACUCCCGGCACGGGCUGCGGGCUGCCGUUCGGCGCUUGUGGGCGGGCUGUAAGAAGAAGAGACACCCGCCAGAGUACGGUGAUCUCUCCACCUGACCGACUGGAACAACAGCCCCGUGCUCUCCCCUUGAAGAUCAGCAGCUGAAGGGAGGUUCAGGAAAGACCGUGCAGCGCAGGGGCCUCCCAGAAGACCUCCUCCAACCGCGUGGACACAAGAUCUGUCCACAAGAAGACAUCCAGCAGGGAAGUGCAGUUCUGUCUGAGGAGUGAGGGGGAAGCAGGCUCCACUCCCCUGGCCCAAGGAAGCCCCGCCUCUGGGGUGCAGAAGCCCCUCCCCUUGCUUCUGCUGGCAGGCUGUGGGAGGAGGCUACAGGACCACCCUGCCCCCAAGUGGCCCUUUGGAACCAUUCUUGGGCUUCCCUUGGGUCCGGGGAGGCUGUGUGGCCCCAGCAGGAGGGCAAGGUCACCGCCUCCCUCCAUUCCCACCAGCUGGCCAGGGAGCACCCCCUCCUUCUUCCACCUUUCUCCCCUUCCCCAGCGGCCUGGCUUCCCCUGGCAGGGGAAGCACCAUCCAGGCAUCCGCCCCCUCCCCUGCCGAGGGUGUGCUCCUCCCCCCCUCCACUCCCGCAGCCACGCCUCACUCCCCCCUCCGCUCCCUCCUCCUUCCUCCCAAACCGGUGCAGCAGCAGAGGAGCCUGGGAGACUCUGGGGCCCCCUUGCAGCCCCAGUAGCGCCCCCUGGUGCUGCCCGGUGGCAGGCCAGAGAAUCCUCCUCUCCCUCCUGCUCCAUGCUGUGGCUGCACAGUGGGGAGCCCGAAUUCUCUGGCUUGCCCCCCCAUCAACCCCCACCCCACUGCCCGAUCCCCGCUUGCUGGGCUGCCGGAGUGGAAAGGGAGGAGGAGCAGGGCAACCCCACUGACGCUGCUUUGUGCUUCUUGCAGGCAUGUGCUGCUGCUGGGCGGCUGGAGGAGUCGAUCCGCCCCAGAAGAGGAGACCACGUGAACAUGCCUGCAAGGAGCGGGGGGGUGGGUGGGGGCUGGCUGGGACUCCCCCCAAUUUUGUUUGCCCUGCUAUUCCCUUGUUCCGUGUGACCCUGGGCUUCCUCCCUUCCCUCCCUCCCCCUCCCUCCCAGGGACAGAAUGGGCUUUGCUGGUCGCCCUGUUGGGGGCCGAGUAGGAAUUUUUGGCUUUCCAACAGAUUGGCCAAGAUGGAAAGUUUUUUUGCCUACUCCAUUCUGUCCUGUUUUGUUUCCUUUAGUUAGAAAGUUAAGUGACGACUUGUAACCUAUUUAAGUAUAUUAAUAAAGUUGCCCCUUUUGUUCAAAACA